AUGGACCCCGAACGACUCCUACAGCUGCCGGGGGAGCUAUUGUUCCUUUGGCAUACCCACAGAGCUGAGGUACUGCUAGGAGCUGCGGUCGUCAUUGGGCUUCUGCGUCUCGCGAUACAAUGGCGAGGGAGAAAGUCCAAGAUCGCAUUGACUCCACCAUUGGGCUCGCCGAUCGACGAGAAGAAGCAGACAUUUGCUGUGGAGCAUAGCAGGGAAGUGUCCAAAGAGCCGGUCAUAGCAGAUAAAGUAGAGCCUGCGGUAGCAUCGAAAGGACCCCGCCGAAUCAAAGGGAAACGCAUCCCACGACCGAAGCAAGAUACUGGCCCCGCGAUCGAGCAGAUACAGCCAUACGUCUUCUACUUCAGCCUGGGAGGCUCGACACGAGAACAUGCGACCAAGCUUGUUGAGGCACUAUCGGCCAAGGAUGACAGCCAGCGAAUCCUGCAGCCAGCACUCCACGACUUGACUGAGAUCGAUUACGAAGACUACUUUGUCUCCCCACCGAAGACCUCUUCCCCAAGUACUGCGAACUUCUACAUGAUCCUGAUACCCGGGUACAAUAUCGAUACAGAGCUGUCGAACUUCCUGUCCCAUCUGGAAGAGACACAUCAUGACUUCAGGAUCGACACAGCCCCGUUGUCAGGUCUGGCAGGAUACAGCGUGUUUGGCUUCGGAGAUCAGUCAGAGUGGCCUACAGAACGAGAUGGAUACUGCCAGCAGGCAAUUGAAGUCGAUAAGUGGAUGGCAAGGUUGACAGGACGAAAGAGAGCUUUCCCACUGGGCAUGAGAGACGUCAAAGCCGAUGAGCUGGAAGAAAGACUGACAGAUUGGAGAAGAGGAGUUCAGAGCGUCAUGCAGGACCUGAGCCAAGGUAAAGGUCUCGGUGAAGGUGUAGCGGGCAGUGGAGACGCUGUUGAGAGCGACGAUGAGGAUGCUGUCGAGUAUGAAGAUGACGAAACAUUGGUUGGAAAGCCUCGCAAGAACAGGAAAGUAGGCGAUGACCUGGAAGACAUGAAGGCACCUAUACCUGUGGACUUCACGACCGCUGGAAAGUCUGCAUCCACCUUACAGACACCGAAGGAAAUGGUACCCAAGACAUCACCCACCUACACCAACCUAACAAAGCAAGGCUACACCAUCGUCGGCUCCCACUCGGGCGUCAAGAUCUGUCGCUGGACGAAGUCAGCCCUCCGAGGUCGCGGGUCGUGCUAUAAGUACUCCUUCUACGGCAUCAACUCCCACCUCUGCAUGGAAGCCACACCAUCGCUAAGCUGCAGCAACAAAUGUGUCUUCUGCUGGCGACACGGCACAAAUCCGGUUGGUACUACAUGGCGAUGGCAGGUCGAUCCUCCAGAUCUCAUCUUCGAUGGCAUGAAAGAAGGUCAUUAUCAGAAAAUCAAGAUGAUGCGAGGCGUACCUGGCGUGAGGAGCGAGCGCUUCUCCGAAGCUAUGAGGAUACGGCAUUGCGCUUUGAGUCUUGUAGGAGAGCCGAUCUUCUACCCUCACAUCAACGAAUUGCUAGCAAUGCUACACAACGAGCAUAUCAGCUCCUUCCUGGUUUGUAAUGCACAACACCCAGACCAACUCGCAGCACUCGGACCCGUUACACAACUCUACGUCUCAAUCGACGCCUCAAACAAAGAAUCCCUCCGCAAGAUCGAUCGCCCUCUCCACCGCGACUUUUGGGAACGCUUCAUCCGCUGUAUGGACAUCCUCCGCGAGAAGCGUUUUACUCACCGCACCGUCUUCCGCCUCACCUUAGUGAAAGGUUUCAACAUCGAAGAGGAAGCAGCUGGCUACGCCGAUCUCGUCGAACGUGCCCUUCCCGGCUUUGUCGAAGUCAAAGGCGUGACGUAUUGCGGCACGAGUACUGCAGCCGGCGCUGGUCUUAGUAUGCAGAAUGUUCCUUUCUACAAAGAGGUGCAAAAGUUCGUUCUUGCACUCGAAGCUGAACUAAAUCGACGAGGCCUCCAGUACGGCAUUGGGGCUGAGCAUGCGCAUUCUUGCUGCAUCUUGUUGGCGGAUCGGACGAGGUUCAACAAGGAUGGCAGGUGGCAUACGACGAUUGACUAUCCCGCGUUCUUCAAAUGUGUCGAGAGCGGCAAGCCGUUCUCACCGGAGGACUACAUCGGCGCGCCGACACAUGAGUGGGCACUUUGGGGUAAUGGUGGGUUUGAUCCCAGAGACGAAAGAGUUGAUAGAAAGGGGAAGCCGAAGGAAGUGAAGGCUGUGGAGUAUCCUCCUGGCAGUGUCCCUGGGUCAAUGGUGAUGGAGAUAUGA